CUCUUUGAUGCUUUUCUUGGCUCUAGGCUACCAAGCAUGAUUGGACGAAGCUGUGGAUGCAGCGGGGUUUCCCAGAGCCUGUGAGCCUGUGAUGGAUGAAACUUCCCAUCUGGGCUAGAGCCCUCAAGACAGACACUUCUCUGGGCUGCCUAGUGUGCAGGAACCACAGGAGCCUGUGGGCGGGGGGAUGCAGGGAGCAGUCCCUAACCCCCGGGGCGCUGUCGGAGCCUUUCUGGAACAUCUGGACGAGCUCCCAGCGUCUGUCUGCAAUGGCCUGUAACGGUACAGCCCUGGAAACCUAUGAAGCCCUGCUGCUGAAUGGCCCCAACGGGUCAGACUCCGAGGUGACCACCCCCUCGGCCCCACUGAGGAUCUCACUGGCUGUGCUCAUGUUGCUGAUGAUGGUGGUAGGGUUCCUGGGCAACACCGUGGUGUGCGUCAUAGUGUACCAGAGGCCGGCUAUGCGUUCGGCCAUUAACCUGCUGCUGGCCACACUGGCCUUCUCGGACAUCAUGCUGUCCCUGUGCUGCCUGCCCUUCACGGCCGUCACUUUGCUUACCGUCCAGUGGCGCUUCGGGGACCGCUUCUGCCGCCUGUCUGCCACCUUGUACUGGUUCUUCGUGCUCGAGGGAGUGGCCGUGCUGCUCAUCAUCAGCGUGGACCGCUUCCUCAUUAUCGUGCAGCGCCAAGACAAGCUGAACCCGCGCAGAGCCAAGGUCAUCAUCGCCGUGUCCUGGGCUCUGUCCUUCUGCCUGUCGGCCCCGUCGCUGGCUGGCUGGACCCUGGUGGAGGUGCCGGCACGGGCGCCCCAGUGCGUGCUGGGCUACUCCGAGUCCCGGGCAGGCCGUGCCUACGUGGUGACCUUGGCCGUGGCCGUGUUCUUCGUGCCCUUCGGCGUCAUGCUCUGCGCCUACCUGUGCAUCCUGCACACGGUGCGCAGAAACGCCCUGCGCGUGCACAACCAAUCUGACAGCCUGGAUUUGCGGCACUUGCCCCGGGCCGGCCUGCGGCGUCUGCAGCGGCAGCAGCAGGCCAGCCUGGAUCUGAGCUUCAAGACUAAGGCCUUCACCACCAUCCUCAUCCUCUUCGUGGGCUUCUCGCUCUGCUGGCUGCCGCACACCAUCUACAGCCUCCUGUCUGUGUUCAACCGGAGCUUCUACUGCAGCUCCUCCUUCUACACUGCCAGCUCCUGCGUGUUGUGGCUCAGCUACCUCAAGUCCGUCUUCAACCCCAUCGUCUACUGCUGGAGGAUCAAGAAGUUCCGCGAGGCCUGUCUCGACCUGCUGCCUCCCACCUUCCAAUUCCUCCCCAAAGUGCCUGAGCGCAUCCGGAGGAGAAUCCAGCCCGGCACCAUCUACGUGUGCAGCGAGAACCAGUCUGCCGUGUAGGGGACUGUUUUUGCACCCCUGCCCCUCUGGCUGCCACGUCCCUCCCUGUCAGCAUGGGCUGUGGCCACACAAGUCCCGAAUGUGCAGCGACUUAGGAACAGCUGUGAUGGGUCAGGGAUGGUGAGGACCGAGUGGGGCUGGAAGAGGAGCAGAAGUGGGGUGGGGAAGGGGAAGAACAGAAAAAUCAAGGGAGGAGAAACAGCUUGGGGUGAAUAUGCUUAU